CUAACUAUAUGUUGAAGUGUAUGUAUAUAAAUUUAUACUAAAUUUUUCCUAUUCAACGUCAAAAAAGUGUCGGUAGUGCGGAAUUUUAACAGUGAAUUGAGUAAUAUUUUGUAAUCUAAAUAUAUGACUAAGCAGUGCUGUUCGGCACUUCUCCCACCAACGUAGUUACAGAAGAGGAAAUGAAUAAAAACAUUGUAAAAUAAUGACAAUAUCAAUGAAAGAACAGGAUCAGAUGCCCGGGGAGAUUACUUUCCCUGAGGCCAAAUUAAAAGCACUUGAGGAAAAAAUAUCACAUCCCAGAUGGGUAGUACCAGUGUUACCAGAGCAGGAAUUGGAGGUGCUUCUUAUUGCUGCAACCGAAUUGGCGGCGAGGGGUGAAGAUGAGAACAACGUGGCUUGUCAACGGUUCUACAAUGAUGCACUCACAGUCUCGUUUACAAAGAUCCUGACUGACGAUGCUGUGUCCUCCUGGAAAAACAACAUCCAGCAAUGUGUGCGAUCCAAUUGCGAGAAGUUGGUCAAACUGUGUGCGAUGAAACUAAAUGAUCCUAGAUUCCUGCAUUUAUUGUCUAUGGCCUUUAAUCCCAACAACAAAUUUCACACUUUUAAUGCAUCGCGUACCUGUGAGGGAUUGUCAGCAAUCACCAACUUACCCACUGCUGGUCAAGGAUCCACACAGGAGCCGGAAGUAUUUAGUAGAUCGCAAGACCAUAGAACUCCCAGAGGGUGGCUGGUUCAUCUUAUCAAUGUAUUUGGUCACGCUGGCGGUUUUGUAAAACUGCGGGAACGAUUUGAAGAAAUAAUGGGUUUUCAAAAAUUGGAAAUCACAGCAUCUGUUAACUCAGAAGAAAAAGUUUCGACAGAGACUACUGAAAAAGAUAAUGAAGAGAAGACAAGCAAUGAAACUAACCACAGUGUUCCUAAUUGUCUUAUGAUCGCAGAAAAUAGUGAGAUCUCUUCCGGCGUGAGGAGCGAGCAGCCCUCGUCGCUGGAACAAUCCACCAGCGGCGAGACUCGCGUCGCUGCCGUGUGGCAACUGCUGCGCCCUCUCGGUCUUUGUCACGACCUCUUAACUCCACACACAGUCACCACAUAUCUCUUGCCCGUUCUGGAAUGUAUCCCUACUCUACUGGACAGCCUUACAGAUGAAGAGCUGAAGAAAGAAGCGCGGGGAAGCGAGAAUAAGACUGACACGGUAUCCUGUUUAAUAAGAGCUUGCAAAUGCGUCUCAAUAAAGACCCCACAUCACCACAGUUUGCUUAAAUCUUUGGAAAUGUUUCGCCUGAAAAUGAUACUUCGUUUGCUACAAAUGUCGUCAUUCAAUGGUAAAAUGUCGGCCCUCAAUGAAAUCAAUCAAUUAAUCAGUACCAUGUCCCAGCAACCAAAGCCGGAGUGGUUGACGCCUGCGGUGAUUACGACCUGGAUACGAGAAAACAAGGUAGUUGAUAUAGUAUUGCGGGACUCCCUCCACCAGCCGCAGUACGUGGACCGACUGGAGAAGAUGCUUAGGUUUAUGAUAAAAGAGAACUCCUUGACCAGGGAGGACUUAGAUGCCAUAUGGAAAGCGCAGCACGGAAAACAUGAAGCUAUUGUAAAAAAUUUACACGACUUACUCGCAAAACUUGCUUGGGAUUUCACACCGGAUCAACUUGAUCAUCUUUUUGACUGUUUUAAGGCGAGUUGGGCGACGUCUAGUAAGAAGCAAAGUGACAAAUUAUUGGAAGUAAUUCGACGACUAGCUGAGGACGAUAAAGAUGGUGUUAUGGCAAACAAGGUGCUGGUAUUAUUUUGGAAUUUGGCACAUUCUGACGAAGUAUGCACUGAAAUAAUGGAUGUGGCCUUGGCAAAUCUAAUAAAAAUCCUGGAUUAUAGUUGUAGUCAAGACCGUGACGCUCAGAAAACGCUUUGGUUAGACAAAUGUGUGGAGGAAUUGAAAAGUAACGAAAGAUGGGUACUGCCGGCUCUGAAGAUGAUGCGCGAGAUCUGCUGCCUGUACGAGGCGGGCGCGGGCAGCGGCGUGCGACCGCACGUGACGCGGCAGGAGCUCAUCGACCGCCUGCAGACGCAGCACUCGCUCGUCAUCCUCGUCACCGACUCGCUCACCAACUACAUGGACGGAGUGCGGGCUAAGCUUGCCGGAGAAGGGGAAAUUGACUGGGAUAACUGGUUGCCCGAUGGCAGAUAUGCCCAUGCGGCGCAAGUUCAGGAAAGGCUCAGUUUUCUGCGGUUCCUGCUCAAAGACGGACAGUUGUGGCUUUGCGCGGAACAGGCGAAGCAAAUAUGGUCGUGCCUGGCGGAGCGGCCGGCGCACCUGGGGGACCGCGAAGCCUGCUUUCGUUGGUUCAGCAAGCUGAUGGGCGAGGAACCCGAUCUAGAUCCUAAUAUAAAUUUACAUUUUUUUCGUCGGAAUAUCAUGACUUUAUCUCCAAAUUUAUUAACACAUGCUGGCAUCAAGUGUUUCGAAAGAUUCUUCAAAGCAGUAAAUUCAAAAGAAGGAAAGCUUCGCGUGAAACGACGGAGCUUCCUGCUUAACGAUGCUGAUCUCAUAGGGUUAGAUUAUUUGUGGAGGGUGAUAACGGAGUGCGACGACGAGAUCUCCGCGCGCGGGAUCGAGCUGCUGCGCGAGGUGUGCACGUGCGUGAGCGGCGCGGUGGCGCCCGCCACGCACCACGAGGCCUUCCUCACGCAGUGCUGCGCGCGCACGCAGCUCCUACAGACGGAUAUCAACCUCAACGAAGAUGCGACUGAAAGUUGUACUAGAAUGUGUAGAGUCAUUCGUGCCAUACAGGAAUAUAUAAAUGAAUGUGAUAGAAGGUUUUCAGCGGAGAGGCAAAUAUUACCGAUGUACAGAUCUGGUAGGGGCCGACAAUGCACCAUUAUAGUCAGAUUUAAUUUUCAAACUGGCCAAAGACAACUCGAUGAUAUCGAGCUAUUUUCACACUUUAACGAGGCUUUAUACUCGUUGCGAGCGGCAAUCCAAAGAAGGUUAAAAUGUGCUUCAGACACUAAUACGAAAUUAGAAUUGUUUGUAAAUAAGGUAGAACUAUAUUUAAAUGGCGAACUCUUAGAUUCGUCCCACGAUCGUAAAAUUCUUUCUCAAAUUCCCGUCCGGGACAAAACUGUGAUCGUCGCCAAAGUGUAUGACGGGCACCUGCCCACGUGCGGCAGCGACUCGAGCAGCGACUCCAGCACGUCCUCGCCGCCCGCGCCGCCCACGCCCGAGCACGCCUUGCCCGGAGUGCUUUUCGCGCAAGGUACUUGGUAUAUACCAUUCAUAUUGGAACUGGAACAUGUUGGCGUUUUGAAAAAACAUCCCCAAUUAAUGGAAGCUGCUCAUCUACUCUCCCAAAUUUGUCCGGCACACAAACUUACGGUGGAUAAACUGACGGAGGCUUUACUCAGUCGCGAGGAUGCCAAGUUAAGGGACAUGCUAUACGGGCCUGCGCCGCCCACAGUCGCGUACAACGUCGAGGUGCUGUACAGCAUGGUGAUGCCGUCCUCGGACACCAGGCUAGACCGCAGUCGGAGUUUCCAACUGGCCUGUGUUAAAAAGGCACCUUUAUUAAUUCAGUGUUUGUCCGACAAAGACUUUCUACAAGGAGCUUCGUCUCACACAAGAAGGGUGGGCUAUCUAUCUUUAGUCAGAUUGGCUAAACUAGUCUUAUACACACUGGGCCACCUCUUCGAAAUAUUGGCUCCGGAUGGCUCAGAUACAUCAGUUGACAAAGACUUUAGAAUGGACGUAACGAUUUUACGCGAAGCGCUCCAAACAGUGCCCAGUCACAACUGCGAAUUGAUAGUGAAAGCGAUUGCCGAGAAACUGGCCAACACUCUGGGCGAGCAGGUGGUGAAUAGUACAGAGGACAGCGACGUGGUGUCUUCGUUGGUGUGGUGGUGCGUACCCACGACGGCCACAGUGCGCGCUCUCUACGGGCUGGCGUUCUCCGUCGCGCAGCCCGCCGACGCCAACAGCGCUGUUCAUCCCGACGACGUCACAUUGGUACGAGAAUGUAUGGAGGUAGUCACAAUAUGCCUGGCUCUUGGCGGAGGAAGGCUGGAAGCUUUGUUGAACGAGUCAUGGUGGCAAGACACGGCGUUGUACUUGAUGAUCGACUGUCCUAAUCCUCAGGUGCGCGUGUCGUGCGCGGAGCAAUUGUUAUCAAUGUGCGCGUGGGGCGGGGGCGGCGGCGCGCGCGCCGCGCUCGAGGCGCUGGGCGGCGUGGUGGGCGAGCCGGGCGGCUCGCGGCUGCAGCGCCACGCGCGCCACGCCCAGCAGUUCCUGCAGCUGCUGUGCAGGCUCGUCUCGCUCGCCGGACCCACUUCCAGGACGCUCGAAGACCUCGCUAUUGAAGUGGCGUGGUUGAGAUCAGUGCGAGCGAAUCCAGAAAUACUCGAUGAUACGCUGCUGGAGGGACACCUUAAUUUAACCAAAGAAUUAUUUACACACGUUCCGGCACAAGUCAAGUACCAAUAUGGAGCGCAUCCUGAACACAAGGAUAGAGGUCUAAUUAGGGAAGUGACAACAGAAUUCCUGUGGCCGUACUCAUGGGCGUGGUGCCGCAUGGGGGAGGGCGACAGCUCGGGCGGGGACUCGGGCGAGCCGGCGCCGCCGCUGUGCCGCUCGCCCGGCGCCGCCGCCGCCGCCACCGAGCUGCUGCUCGCGCUCGUGCACGGCUGCGUGCCCAACAUGGCUGAGCUCGCGCAUCUACUCGAACUCAUGUUUUAUAGUGAGAAGAACGUGCCGCUGGUGGAGUGGGAGUACAUGCCUUGCGUGGGUCCGCGGCCGGCGGCGGGGCUGGCGGGGCUCAAGAACGCCGGCGCCACCUGCUACAUGAACUCGGUGCUGCAGCAGCUCUACUGCGUACGGGACGUGCGCGACGCAAUCCUCACCGUCCAAGGAGCGGCAACUGAUCCUAACGAAGAUUUCUCUGGGGAGAACCAACACUCUAUGGUAGAGAAAGUGGAGACUACUGGCGAUUACAACAUCACAAUCUUGAAACAAGUCCAAGCCAUAUUCGCACAUUUGCAUUUCAGUAAACUGCAAUAUUAUGUGCCAAGAGGGUUGUGGGCUCAUUUUAGACUUCAAGGGGAGCCAGUAAAUCUCCGAGAACAACAAGAUGCUGUAGAGUUUUUCAUGUCCCUUGUGGAAUCAUUAGAUGAAGCUUUGAAAUCAUUGGGACAAGAACAACUAAUGGCCAAAACAUUAGGAGGUACUUACUCAGAUCAAAAAAUCUGUAAAGGAUGCCCACACAGGUACUGCAAAGAAGAACCUUUCAGCGUAGUGUCUUUAGACAUAAGAAAUAUGUCACGGCUUCAGGAAUCUCUUGAAGCAUAUGUGCGAGGCGAACUUUUAGAAGGCGCUGAUGCUUACCACUGUGAUAAGUGUAAUAAGAAGGUUGUAACCGUAAAAAGGUUAUGUUUAAACAAAUUACCCCCAGUUCUAGUCAUACAACUUAAAAGAUUCGAAUACGACUUCGAAAAAGUUUGCGCGAUCAAAUUCAAUGAUUACUUUGAAUUUCCGAGAGAGUUGGAUGUUGAGCCGUAUACAGCUCGAGGUCUAGCACGCGCGGAGGGCGACGCCUCGCUCUGGGAAGGAGGCGAAGAACGGUCGCCCGAGACUCACUACCAGCUGAGCGGCAUUGUAGUGCACUCGGGACAAGCUUCCGGGGGCCACUAUUAUUCAUACGUGCUCUUGCGAGACAACGGCAGUGAAACAGGACGGUGGGUGAAACUAGACGACGGCGACGUGACCGAGUGCGCGAUGCACGACGACGAGGAGAUGAAGGCGCAGUGCUUCGGUGGCGAGUACACGGGCGAGAUAUUUGAUCCGAUGUUAAAGAGGGUCUCUUAUAAACGCCAAAAGAGAUGGUGGAAUGCAUACAUACUAUUCUAUACGAGGAAAGACACGAUUGAAAAUACUAGUCUUGUGCAGUCAAUGAGGAAUAUGAAUUUCAAGGAAAGUGCAAUUCCUAGACCUAUCUGGUUGUCAGUCCGUCGCAGCAAUAUUGCUUUUUCUCACAAUCAAGAUCAAUUUAGUUUGGAGCAUUUCAAUUUUAUGAAAAAGCUGUGCUUCUUGAGGUUACAAGUGCCGCCUGGUACAACAAAUGCUAUUUGGGGCCCAGAACACGAAGAGAUGUCCAUGCUCACAGUGCAGCUAGCAACAAAAUUCUUGUUCCAAGUUGGGUUUCACACAAAGAAGACUCUUCGAGGGCCUGCAUCAGAUUGGCACGACAUUUUAUGUCAGCACCUACGAUGUUCCCAAGUGGUCAGGUCGUGGUUUGCGACAGAUCUCUUCAAGCAUCCGCACAGAUUAUGCGACUACUUACUGUCGUGUCCAUCUGCUGAAGUAAGAGUUGUUUUCAUGAAGAUAAUUGUGCUCCUGGCUCACUUCUCAAUCCAAGACCCACCAGUGAACAGCGGGUACGGGUCUUGGGCGUCGCGCGACGAGGUGACGUCGCUCUCGGACCAGGUGCUGGCGGCGGCGCGCGCGCUGGCCGCGCCGCACCACGCCGACUCGCAGGCGCACCGCCACCUGCCCCUGCUCUUCAACCUGUUCCACGCCUACUCCGUGCUCGGCAUCAACGAGCGCCACCAGCUUUUACGGUUACGAAUACUGGACAUUGUUUUGUCCGUAUGCAUGGACGAUUCAUCAUCGUCACUGGGAAAAUACCAAUAUCCUGAAUCUGCCAAAAUACACCAGCUGGUGUCAUUGCUGGUGCGGUGUUGCGACGUGAGCGCGCGCUGCCAGUCGGCGAACGUGGCGGAGGGCGCGCCCCCGCUGCCGAACCCCUUCUGCGACCCGCCGCCCACCGUCACCGCCGCCUCUAACGUGCACAGGCCACUCCUCUCCGCUCCCGCUGCUGACAUACUCUAUAACAGGACUGGGACUUAUAUGAAGAAAUUGACAGAAGAGUGUUGCGUGUGCGAGGAGAGCAUACGACUGCUGCAGUUCCUGUGCUGGGAGCACGCGGGCUGGUCGCGCAUGGCGCUGGCCGAGCUGCUGUGGCAGAUGGCGUACGCGUACUGCCACGAGCUGCGCCGUCACGCGGACGCGCUCACCGCGCUGCUGCUCAUGGAGGACAGCUGGCAGCAGCACCGCAUACACAAUGUCAUCAAGGGCGUGUCUGAAGAGCGGCCUGGGCUGCUGGAGACGGCGUCGCGCGCUCGGGGGCAUUACCAGAAGCGCGCGUACGCGUGCGUGAAGCUGGUGGUGGGCGUGAUGUGUCGCGCGCCCAGCGCCGUGCGCGCCGUGCACGCGCAGCCGGAGGCGCGCCGCCGCUGGCGGCAGCUGCUCGCCUGGCUGCAGGAUGAACUAGACCGCAAAUAUGGACCUGGAGGAUACGGGUCGUAUGGCACGUGGUCACCGCCGGGUACAUCCAAUGAAACAUCCAGUGGAUAUUUUCUAGAAAGAAGCAAUUCGGCUCGGAAAACGCUCGAAAAAGCUUAUCAACUGUACCCUGAGGAUGAAGACGAAGAAGAGGAGUCCCGAGAGAACGUGGAGGGCGAGGUAGAGGUGGUAGCGGGCACGGAGAGCGGCGACGAAGAACCCGCGGUCGACGUGGAAGCGGGCUCGCCGUCGGCGCCCGUGCCCUCCGCCGCGCCCGCGUCGCCCGUGUCGCCCACCUCGCCCUGGUCCCCGACCGCGCUCGACGCGUCCGACACGCUCGCCGCGCCCACCACGCCGGCCGCCACGGUGUCGCCGCUCACGCCGGCCGGCCCCUCCGCCCGCGAUCCGCACGCGGCUAUUUGAGCUCCGCCCCCGCUGCCGCGCGGCUCGGAGUCACCGUCGCCGCCGCCGCUGCCUCCGCGGAAGCCGUCCUCAAAUCGCCGACCGCCUCCUCCGGUCCCCCGACGAACGGCUUCGCCCGUCCGCGAACUACAAGUAUUUAUUUUGCUUCUACAGAUUUUGUACAUAGCCGCGGGGACGGCUCGACCCACGCGUCCGUAGUGGUCUCGGACCCCAGGAUCAUAUGCUUAGCCGUAGCUUCGUUCUGUGAUGUUAACGAUAUGUGUAAAGUUCGUUCAAAAGGGCAUUUAUUAUUAAGUAUUAAAACAAAUAUUGUUUCUCGCCCUGAAAUGUACAGAAGGUGUCCCAGACGACCAGUCGAGUUGUUCACGAAGUGAUCAUCGCCGUUUACGCAUUUAGCAUUGUCGUCGUCGUUGUGGCACUUUAAUUUUUGUUAUUUAACGUCGCGCUUAUAAAGUACCAUAGUAUUUAUUACUCUCUAAUUAAGGUUAUAUUAAUUCAUAUUUUUUGCUUUCAUAGUGACCUACGUAUAUUAUAUUAUUAUCUUAAUUUAAUGUAAAGUUGAAUUAUACUUUAAAUGUCUAGAUUUAAAUGGGAAAUAUAUGUCUACAGUGGAUUCCAGAACGAAUAAAACUAACGCUGGGAGGUGAGUGUGUUUACUGAUAUUAGGCAAGUACCGAGGUAUAGUAUAAAUCUUACACCUUAAUAUGAAUGAGGAACUUGUAUUUGCAUGGUUCUAUAUUCUCUCAUUUAAAAUUUUACCGAAUUAAUGUUUUACUUGCAAAAUACUUUCUCAAAUUGCUGGAAUAAAUUUUCUAUGUCAUUCUGGAAUCAACUGUAAUUGUAAUAUGAAAACCUCAAUUUAAUCUCAAGGGACAUUAUGUGCAAGCCACUUAAAUUGAAGUGAUAGUCAGUCUAUUUUCCUUUAUAUUACCGAACUAAUUUUUUUAUAACCAAUGUGGAUGUACCAGAUUGCCAAAACCUUCAAUUUUAUGUAGUGCGAGUUUGGUAUAUCUGACAUCUAUAAAACGAGAAUUUGAAGUGUAAAUGUGCUUUUUUUGGGAAGAGAAAAGCAUAGUUGUUAUAACCAUUUUCAAAAAUGUUACUGACAAGCCAUCUCACUUGAGAUAUGUUCAACAGCAGAUGUACUGUACUCAACUUAAAAAAAUGAUCAUACAAGGGAAUUUUAUAAAGUUAUUAAAUUAUAUAUCCAAAAAACAGUUACGGUAUCGUCUUGGGUCGUCCCAUUCGUUUCUCGUUAAGUUCUUAAAUUAGUCCUAUUCUGCUUUCGUCACUCAUUCUACAUUGAAAGCCACCGACGAUUAUGAAUAAUGUAGAAUGAGUGACGAAAGCAGAAUAGGACUAAUUUAAGAACUUGAUACCACAGUUACGUGACUUCACACCUCUCCUAAUUCGUAUUGCUCAGGGUGAUAUUCCGCCUGUCCGUUUUCUUUGUCCAAUGUCAUUGCGUCUCACUCUUUCAUUAAGAAAAUGUGAGACGCCACACACAUUGGACAGAUGGAAUACCAUCCUUACAUAUUACGCAAUGUAAUAGAGGCCUUUACAUGUACACAUUUGAACAUGGUUUAAUGAGCCCUAAAUGUCGCUUGCGCUCAUGCAUUUGUACCAGCAGCUCCUAGUUACAGCGCAUAAAAGAACAUAAACUAAACUUUGAUUUAUCAAACAUACGACAACCAACCACUGUUUGUUAUAUCCUUAAUCGUCCGAUACGCACAUCUAAGUGAAAGCAUGCCGUAGGCGAUUAGAAGGAUACUUUUUUUUACUGAAUAAUUCAAUAGACAAUCAUGUGUCAAGUAGUUUUCAUUCCGUAAAAAAUAUGUCGCAUUUCUUUGGACAUAGUGUUCGUGUUCUUUCCUCGCAAAGCGUACAGCCGUUAUACCGGGCACACAUUGUUACAACUUAUUUUGGAUACGUUGAAAAGGAAUUUUCAAUAAUUGUUUGUAUUUACAUUUAUACGACUAUCGUUUUAUUAGGAUUUUGUUUGUUUACACAAACACUCUCUGUAAGUUAAAAUGUUUGAAGCAAGGGCAUAAUCACUAGGGUAUUCUGAUUAGGAAAAUGUAUUGAAAGUUUUCUGUGUCAAAAAAAUUUACAGAAACACAUCGCUAGUUUACUCUUUACUUAACUGACCUGCAAGAAGAGUAGGUACAGUAAGCAAUGAAAGUGUGUCACAAAAAAAAUAUCAAUUACUUGUUUCUAACAAGUAAACGAUGAGGAUUAUACCCUUACAGGUAUCACUAUUUUUGUUGUAACCUGUAAAUAUGAGUUGUUGGGAAAAAGUAACUUUCGGCGAAAAAGAAAUAUUAAUAAUAUUUAUGUUAACUAAUAGAGUCGGACCUAGCUGACUCUGCAUGGCAUUUUCAAUGGGAAAGUGUGGCAAUGUCAAAUUUAUACGAUAAUGUGACGUUUAUAAUGACACUACCCCACUUUUCUAUUUCAGUCGGUGCAAAGUUAGCUUAGACUGACUCUAACUGCGUGAGAGAUGUGAUUGAGUCCGGUUUAUUCAUUUUAUAUGUGUGCCAUUUCUUAUAUUCCUAGGAGGGUGCUAAUUCGCGAUAAUGAUGUAAUGUGUUUGGUUAAUAUUUGUCUUUUUAGCAGAUUUAGGAGGACUAUUGAUGAAUCGAAGAGAAGUUAGAGUAGGAAUAAAAAAUGAUAAACUAGAAAUCAAAUUUAUGAUUUAUGUUUCCAUCAACCUUUUCUCCAUCUGACUAUCAAAUUAAACAAUUAGAACAUCACUCUACAUUUUAUAAGAAUAUAAACGAAAUGGUAAAAUCCGUUACUAGCAUUCAGUUUAAGCUAACUUUUAAAUUUAAUAGAGUAAAAAACGCACUUGUAUCGAACGUUUUCGUACUAGACUUUUAGCACAACAACUUGGCAUGUUUGCCAUUGAAAAAGUGAGCUCUAGACCACCUGAUUUGU